UUCUAAAGCGGAAGACUUGUCGACUGCUAUUCUGAAGCAGAAGAACAGGCCCAAUCGGUUAAUUGUGGAUGAAGCCAUCAAUGAAGACAACAGUGUUGUGUCACUGUCCCAGGCAAAAAUGGAUGAAUUGCAGCUGUUCAGAGGAGACACUGUCCUGCUCAAAGGAAAGAAGAGGAGAGAAGCUGUCUGCAUUGUUCUGUCAGAUGACACCUGCUCAGACGAGAAGAUUCGCAUGAACAGGGUUGUUCGCAACAACCUGAGGGUGCGCCUGGGCGAUGUGAUCAGCAUCCAACCUUGCCCAGAUGUGAAAUACGGCAAACGUAUCCAUGUGCUGCCGAUUGAUGACACAGUAGAAGGGAUCACGGGGAAUCUGUUUGAGGUCUAUCUCAAGCCGUACUUCCUGGAAGCAUACAGACCCAUCAGGAAAGGUGACAUCUUCUUGGUGCGUGGAGGGAUGCGUGCGGUGGAGUUCAAAGUGGUGGAGACAGAUCCAAGUCCAUACUGCAUAGUGGCUCCAGACACAGUGAUCCAUUGUGAAGGAGAGCCCAUCAAGCGAGAGGAUGAAGAAGAGUCACUGAAUGAAGUGGGCUAUGAUGACAUUGGUGGCUGCCGGAAGCAGCUGGCUCAAAUCAAGGAGAUGGUGGAACUUCCCCUCCGACACCCUGCACUCUUCAAGGCCAUAGGAGUGAAGCCUCCGCGUGGGAUUCUGCUGUAUGGUCCUCCUGGCACUGGUAAAACACUGAUUGCACGAGCAGUGGCCAACGAAACAGGGGCUUUCUUCUUCCUGAUCAACGGUCCUGAGAUCAUGAGCAAGCUGGCUGGUGAGUCUGAGAGCAACCUGAGGAAAGCCUUUGAGGAAGCAGAGAAGAAUGCUCCUGCCAUCAUAUUCAUUGAUGAACUGGAUGCCAUUGCUCCUAAGAGAGAGAAGACACACGGAGAGGUGGAACGUCGCAUAGUGUCUCAGCUGUUGACUCUUAUGGAUGGACUGAAACAGAGAGCACACGUGAUCGUUAUGGCAGCUACCAACAGACCUAACAGCAUUGACCCAGCACUCAGGCGAUUCGGUCGCUUUGACAGAGAGGUAGAUAUCGGUAUCCCAGAUGCCACGGGGCGCCUGGAGAUCCUGCAGAUCCACACGAAAAAUAUGAAACUGGCUGAUGAUGUGGAUCUGGAACAGGUGGCAAACGAGACCCAUGGCCAUGUUGGUGCUGACUUGGCUGCUCUUUGCUCAGAAGCUGCUCUUCAGGCUAUCAGAAAGAAGAUGGAUCUCAUAGACCUGGAAGAUGAAACCAUUGAUGCUGAAGUGAUGAACUCGCUGGCUGUGACCAUGGAUGACUUCAGGUGGGCUCUGAGCCAGAGCAACCCUUCUGCUCUUCGGGAGACUGUGGUGGAGGUGCCACAAGUUACCUGGGAAGAUAUUGGUGGUCUAGAAGAUGUAAAGAGAGAACUCCAGGAGCUUGUACAGUAUCCUGUGGAGCACCCAGACAAGUUCCUCAAAUUUGGUAUGACCCCAUCAAAAGGAGUUCUAUUCUACGGACCACCUGGUUGUGGUAAGACACUGCUGGCCAAAGCCAUUGCCAACGAAUGCCAGGCAAACUUCAUUUCCAUCAAGGGGCCGGAAUUGCUCACCAUGUGGUUUGGCGAGUCUGAAGCCAAUGUGCGCGAGAUCUUUGACAAGGCUCGCCAAGCAGCCCCUUGUGUGCUCUUCUUUGAUGAGCUGGACUCCAUCGCAAAGGCUCGAGGUGGGAACAUCGGUGAUGGCGGUGGUGCUGCAGACCGCGUCAUCAACCAGAUCCUGACAGAGAUGGACGGAAUGUCCACCAAGAAGAACGUCUUCAUCAUCGGUGCCACCAACAGGCCAGACAUCAUUGACCCAGCCAUCUUGCGCCCCGGCCGCCUGGAUCAGCUCAUCUACAUCCCCCUGCCUGACGAGAAGUCCCGGGUUGCUAUUCUUAAGGCAAACCUGAGGAAAUCACCAGUUGCCAAGGUAGGAUCUGCACCCUGCCUGUGUCUGACUUGGGUUUGCUGUAUAUUAUCCAUUCACGAGUCCAUUGAGAGCGAGAUCAGGCGAGAACGUGAGAGGCAGACCAACCCUUCCGCCAUGGAAGUGGAGGAGGACGACCCGGUUCCUGAGAUACGCAGGGAUCACUUUGAGGAGGCCAUGCGCUUUGCUCGCCGCUCUGUCAGUGACAACGACAUCAGGAAAUACGAGAUGUUUGCACAGACUCUACAGCAGAGCCGUGGCUUUGGCAGCUUCAGGUUCCCGUCAGGUAACCAGGGCGGCGCCGGUCCAAGCCAAGGCACAGGAGGCGGCAGUGGGGGCAACGUGUACAGUGAAGACAACGACGACGAUCUCUACGGUUAACUCGCUGUCCUCCGUGGACCAAACUCCCAUGUCAGGCCACGUUGUACAGGGAAAAACCUGAUGUUCAGUGAACUCUCGGCUUCUUCAUUCCUCAGUCAGAACAGUGUAGCUGCACGUCAGACUUUGUACAGGGAAUGUUUUCUGCAAACACAGAUCCAGACCGUUGUUCAGGUGGGAGGCACAGUGAAUUGACAAGGAGGGGAACCGACUUAAUUUCUGAGAAAUUUCUGUUCUAGUUUAUGUGGCAGAAUCAGCAGCUUUAGCAAAGGGUACAACGCUAGCCUGUAUUAAUUAAAAAAAACAACCACAAAAGUAAUAAAAAAAAAAAAAAUCCACAAAAUUCUAA